UUAAACCUGUUCCCCUGCCCCCAGCCAGUUGCCACCCACCACUUACUGACCUACUUCAGACAAGUGGCCCAUUCUAGAGGGUGGUCUAAGAGGCUUCUUGUGGGAGGCAUGGCCCCCAGGUAAUGUCCAUCUUCCUCUCUCCAGGCUCUGAAGAGCGGCUGGUACUCAGAUUUGAAGCUGACAACAUUUCCAACUACACAGCCCUUCUGCUGAGCAGGGAUGGCAACACUCUGUACGUGGGCGCCCAAGAGGCCCUCUUUGCACUCAACAGCAGCAUCAGCUUCCUGCCAGGUGGAGGGUACCAGGAGCUGCUGUGGCACGCAGAUGCGGAGAGGAAACAGCAGUGCAGCUUCAAGGGCAAGGACCCACAGCGCGAUUGUCAAAACUACAUCAAGAUCCUCCUGCCACUCAAUAGCAGCCACCUGUUCACCUGCGGCACAGCAGCCUUCAGCCCCGUGUGCACCUACAUCAACAUGGAGAACUUUACUCUGGCGCAGGACAAGGCAGGGAAUGUCCUCUUGGAAGAUGGCAAGGGUCGUUGUCCCUUUGACCCAAAUUUCAAGUCUACAGCCCUGGUGGUCGAUGGCGAGCUCUACACUGGAACAGUCAGCAGCUUCCAGGGGAAUGACCCGGCCAUCUCCCGGAGCCAGAGCCUCCGCCCCACCAAGACUGAGAGCUCCCUCAACUGGCUACAAGACCCAGCCUUUGUGGCCUCAGCCUACAUUCCUGAGAGCCUGGGCAGCUUGCAGGGGGAUGACGAUAAGAUCUACUUCUUCUUCAGUGAAACAGGCCAGGAGUUUGAGUUCUUUGAGAACACCAUUGUGUCCCGCAUCGCCCGCAUCUGCAAGGGUGAUGAGGGUGGUGAGCGGGUCCUGCAGCAGCGCUGGACAUCCUUCCUGAAGGCUCAGCUGCUGUGCUCCCGGCCCGAUGAUGGCUUCCCAUUCAACGUGCUGCAGGACGUCUUCACGCUGAGCCCUAGCCCCCAGGACUGGCUCGACACCCUCUUCUAUGGGGUCUUCACGUCCCAGUGGCACAGGGGGACCACAGAGGGCUCUGCCAUCUGUGUCUUCACCAUGAAGGAUGUGCAGAAGGCCUUCAACGGCCUCUACAAGGAGGUGAACCGGGAGACGCAGCAGUGGUACACCGUGACUCACCCGGUACCCAUGCCCCGGCCUGGAGCGUGCAUCACCAGCAGCGCCCGGGAAAGGAGGAUCAACUCGUCCCUGCAGCUCCCAGACCGGGUGCUGAACUUCCUCAAGGACCACUUCCUGAUGGAUGGGCAGGUCCGCAGCCACAUGCUUCUGCUGCAGCCUCGGGCCCGCUACCAGCGCGUGGCUGUACACCGCGUGGUUGGCCUGCACGACACCUAUGAUGUCCUGUUCCUGGGCACCGGUGAUGGCCGGCUGCACAAGGCUGUGAAUGUGGGCUCCAGGGUGCACAUCAUCGAGGAGCUCCAGGUCUUCCCCCCAGGACAGCCCGUGCAGAACCUGCUGCUGGACGCCAACAGGGGGCUGCUGUAUGCUGCCUCAUACUCGGGCGUAGUCCAGGUGCCUGUGGCCAACUGCAGCCUGUACCAGAGCUGCGGGGACUGCCUCCUUGCCCGGGACCCCUACUGCGCUUGGAGCGGCGCCAGCUGCAGGCACAUCAGCCUCCAGCAGCCUGAGCUGGCCUCCAGGUUGUGGAUCCAGGACAUUGAGGGGGCCAAUGCCAAGGGCCUGUGCAACACUUCCUGGCCCAGAUCCCGGACCAUUAUGUCUACAGGCAAGAAGCUGUGUGAGCAAGUCCAGUUCCAGCCCAACACGGUGAACACUUUGGCUUGCCCACUCCCCUCCAACUUGGCCACCCGGCUCUGGAUGCACAAUGAGGUCCCUGUCAAUGCCUCAGCCUCCUGUCGUGUGCUGCCCACCGGGGACCUGCUGCUGCUGGUGGGCAGCCAGCAGAGGCUGGGGCUUUUCCAGUGCUGGUCCCUGGAGAAUGGCUUCCAGCAGCUGGUCGCCAGCUACUGCCCAGAGAUGGUGGAGGAUGGGGCGGCGGACCAAGCAGACCAGGGUGGCAGUGUGCCUGUCAUUAUCAACACGUCGCGUGUGAGUGCACCAGUUGGCACAGGUACCUGGAGUGCCGACAAGUCCUACUGGAAUGAGUUCCUGGUGAUGUGUGUGCUAUUUGUGUUCGCUGUGGUUCUUCUAACUUUGUUCUUCCUCUACCGGCACCGGGAUGGCAUGAAAGUCUUCCUGAAGCAGGGAGAGUGUGCCAGCGUGCACCCCAAGACCCGCCCUGUGGGGCGGCUACCUGAGACCCGGCCGCUCAAUGGCGUCGGCCCCCCUAGCACCCCACUUGACCACCGAGGCUACCAGGCCCUGUCGGGUAUCUCCCCAGGGCCCCGGGUCUUCACCGAGUCAGAGAAGAGGCCGCUCAGCAUCCAGGACAGCUUUGUGGAGGUGUCCCCCAUGUGCCCCCGGCCCCGAGUACGCCUGGGCUCUGAGAUCCGGGACUCUGUGGUGUGA